AUGCUGAAAAAUAUGAAUCUAGGUGCGGAAAGAGUGAAAGAAGUUAGAACGCAGACUCUCUGGCGGGAGUUUGAAGCAUUGAGGAUGGGUGAUUCAGAAAGUAUUGAUGAAUAUUCUGGAAAACUCACCAUUAUUGUCAACAAAUUGAGAGGCUUCGGCAAUACUGUGGAUGAUAUCCAAGUAGUUAAGAAACUUCUACGAUCCACCUCUGCAAAGUUUCUUCAAAUUACCUCAACGAUUGAGGAGUUCAGUUAUCUCAAAACGAAAUCCGUUGAUGAGAUUAUUGGAUCACUCAAGGCACAUGAAGAAAGGUUGCAAGGGUUUGAAGAAAAAGAUGAAACCGUUCUCCUCACUCAUCCAGAAUGGAAGGAACGAGAGACUGCAAAAUCCUCAAAGAAAGAAUGGAAGGAUCAAGGCAGUUCCAGAGGAAGCAGGGGAUGGGGUCGCGGAAGAUGGAGAGGCCGUGGGAGAAGUGACUGGCAUCGAGGAGAUGAAGGAGAGUCGCAAACUCAAAAGAAGAGAUUUGACAAGAAGAUGCAAAAGGAUGAGGAGUCUUCACUGCUAAUGAUAGAGGCGUGUGAAAUUAAAACCACACAUGACAAAGAGCCUAAUUUUGUGAUGUUGAAUGAAACUAUAGUGCCGCCACCAGACAAUAUUGGAGCUGAAAAUUCCUGGUUCCUAGAUACUGGAGCAAGCAACCACAUGUCAGGAGAAAGGAGGGUGUUUCGUGAGCUUGACACAUCUGUUGUUGGAAAGGUACGCUUCGGUGAUAACUCUGUAAUAGACAUUUGUGGUCGAGGAAUAGUGCUCUUCAAAUGCAAAACAGAUGAGCACUUGAUCUUAUCGCAAGUCUAUUACAUACCUAAACUCAAGAGCAAUAUUAUAAGUUUUGGACAACUGGAUGAGAGUGGAAAUAAAAUUGUCAUAGAGAACAGUGUGAUGAAGAUAUAUGACAGAGCUAGGAGCCUGAUUAUUAUGGUGACCAGACAAUCCAAUAGAUUUUAUGUAGUAAAGUUGAAGCUUGCGGAUCAGGCGUGUUUAAUGACAAAUAUCAGUAACACUGGUUGGCUCUGGCACGCGAGGUAUGGACACCUAAAUUUUCACUCUUUAAAGCAAUUAAAUGACAAGAGAAUGGUUGAAGGGUUGCCAAGAAUCACCCAGGUCAAUCAAUUAUGCAAUGGGUGUUUAAUUGGAAAGUAG